CGGUUUGGUCUCCACUGGGUCAACUACGAGACGAUGGAGCGCAUGCCCAAGGCGUCGGCUCACGUGUACGGCGCCAUCAUCCGCGCCAACGCGCUUGUCGUUGAGGAUGAAGACGAGAAGGCUUUCGACGCGACGCCUCCUGCUGCGGCACAUUAG